UUGGGAUGCUGUGUAUGACAGAGAACUGCACACUUUCCAAGAAUAUGGAGAUGCAGGAGAAAUCUGGUUUGGAGAAGAGAGUAUGACCCGGUUAAUAAAGUGGAUGAAAAAACAGAAGAUCCCACUGGAUGCUUCAAUACUUGAUAUUGGAACUGGAAAUGGUGUUUUCCUGGUUGAACUUGUUGGCAAAAUGUGGUUUCUCUAAUAUUACUGGGAUCGAUUAUUCUCCUUCUGCAAUACAGCUGUCCAAAAGUGUUACUAAGAAAGAAGGGCUGUGUAACAUUGAGUUGAAGGUUGAAGACUUUCUGAAUCUUUCCAACAAGGUGUCUGGAUUUCAUAUCUGUGUUGACAAAGGGACUUUUGAUGCCAUCAGCCUCAGUCCUGACAACUCCCUUGGAAAGAGGAAGCAGUAUGUGAAAUCGCUCUCCAGGGUGUUGAAAAGAAAAGGCUUUUUUCUAAUAACCUCGUGUAACUGGACUAAGGAAGAGUUGCUGAAUGAGUUCAGUGAAGGAUUCGAACUUUAUGAAGAACUGCCAACCCCCAAGUUCAGCUUUGGUGGCAGAUCUGGAAACAGCGUAGCAGUGUUGGUUCUCCAGAAAAUCCAAGACUUCUCCUUGGAUCAAUUCAGUUAGCUUUUUCACGAAGCUUUGCCUCAGAGUACUGCCCGCCUGCCGGAAGAACAGGCCAGUGCAGAGAAGUGUGUAGUAAGUACUCAGGAUGCACGGCGGACCGCUGUGGGCGCAGAGAACCAUGAGCUUGGGUGUGGCGGGUGGUAGAGAUCACGGAGGGUGAUUCCUCAUUUUAUUUUGUAUUUGCAAUGUAAAUCACUGACUUGUUGCAUGGAAAAAAUUGUUAUUGCCAAACAGUUGAUUGAACACUUCAAAAUAGUAAAUGGAUUUACAGAAA